GACCUGGAUAUGUACGAGCUCGCGGCACCAAAAACAGUAUCAUUUGCUUGAGUAACAGUUCUUGGUCAAUCCCUGAAAAGUUUUGUUCAAGAAAACGAUGCACAACUCCUGAAGAGAUAGACAAUGGUUUAUUUUGAAGCACCAGACUUUUUUUUCAGCUCCAGAAUACGUUAUUUUUGUAAUCAGGGGUACCAGAUGAUAUCAAAACAUAAUUAUAGAGAUUGUAAAGCAGAUGGAACUUGGAGUCAUGGUGUUCCAGAAUGUGAAGUUAUAAUUUGUGGACCUCCAGAUGAAAUUGACAAAGGACAUUUUACCCCAGUCAAAGAGGAGUAUUCAUACCUGGAUUCUGUUAAAUAUAAAUGUGAUGAUGACCUUGUGUUAGAUGGAGAACAUUCUGUGUACUGUACAGAGAAUGGGAGUUGGAGCGUUGAUGCUCCUAACUGCAUAGUGUCAUUUGAAUGUGAAAGAGGUUUCACCCUUCAAGGAUCUAGCUUUUCAGUAUGUAAUAUUACAAGUGAAUGGGAUCCACCAAUACCAGAAUGUCAGCCUGUGAUCUGCAAACCUCCAGACGAUCUUGUUAAUGGAAAAUAUAGUCCAUUAAAAAACCAGUAUUAUUUCAGUGAGAAAGUGACAUAUAAAUGCAAGGAUAAUUUAAAACUUGAUGGCGCAAGCACUUUGUUCUGCACUGAAAAUGGGAAGUGGAGUUCCUCACCACCUACAUGCCGUGUUGUGACAUGCGAACCUCCAAGAAGUAUUUCUGAAGGAAUAUAUAGCCCAUUAAAAGCCCGGUAUCAUUACAGGGAUGAAGUGACAUAUAAAUGUAAAGAUAAUCUAAAUCUAGUGGGUCGAAGCACUUUGGUAUGUGAGGAAACUGGGAUGUGGAGUUCUGGGCCACCUAAAUGUAAAGCUGUUACCUGCGGACCUCCGGGAGAUCUAAAUAAAGGGGAAUAUAGCCCUAUAAAACGCGAGUAUACUUACAUGGAUCAAGUAAUUUAUAAAUGUAAAGAUAAUCUAGAAUUAGAGGGUGCAAGCACUGUGUCCUGUAAAGAAAAUGGGAAGUGGAAUUCUGAACCACCUAAAUGCACAGUUGUGACCUGCAAACCUCCAGUAUCUAUGCAAAACAGAGAAUAUAGUCCACAUAAAACCCAAUAUACUUACAUGGAUCAAGUGACAUAUAAAUGUAAGAAUAAUCUAAAACUAGUGGGUGAAAUUACUUUGUUCUGCGUGGAAAAAGAGAAGUGGAGCUCUGAGCCACCUGAAUGCAUAGGAGAAAUAAAAUGUCCACUGCCAGAAAUUAGAAAUGGGACAAUUUUGAUACACUCCAGCAAUAGUGUGAGAAUUGAUUGCCACUCAGGAUAUGUACGAAAUGGCAGCAGUAUAAUGACUUGUCAGUCUAAUGGGAAGUGGUCUUCUCUUACAACAUGUGUGCCAAGGGUCAGUUGUCUUAAUCCUAAAAUAUUUAAUGGAGAAAUCAAACAGGGAACAGCGUCAUGCUUCCAGAAUGGUUUAGAAAGCGGGUAUAAAGUAAUGGACCAAGUGAAAGUUGCAUGCAAUACUGGAUACAGUUUGAAAGGAGAUAAUACAAUAAUUUGUGGAUAUGACUUACAGUGGUAUCCCAGAAUUCCUAUCUGCCAGGGUUGGCUUGACUGCACAUAUCCAGCUAUUGAGAAUGGUCGCAUUGUUCUUAAGAAUGGGAAGGAAUAUGUUCCUGAAGAUGUUGGCCAUGGCUUUGAUUGGGGGGACACUGUCCAAUUACAGUGUGAUUCUGGCUAUGUAAUGCAAGGAGAUGCCAACAGUUAUUGUGCUUUCCGCUGGAAAUGGUCACCGGAACUGCCAAAGUGUGUUCUUUCAUCUGUUAAUAAGUUAAGAGAACAGUAUGCUGUUUGAAGAGGCAUCACUGUAAUUGAAGACAAUGGAAUCCUGAACUUGGUGUGACUUGUGUUCAGACAACUUGGAGCUACUUUUUAUCUCAUAAUCACUAUAAGUAAUAGUUUAUCUACAAGACUUUUUGUUGGAUGUUAAUUUUUUAAAUGAAUAAACAAAAUAAAACAAGA